AUGGAUCAAAUCAACAGAUUGAUACCCUUGUGGAAACAAUUAUAUUAUAAAUGGAGGUCCCUGAGAACGAUUCCAUUGAGAAAGAAAUUCUUUGUUGGCUAUGACUUGACGGGAAACACGUACUGGGAGUUCUUUGUCGAGCGCAAAAAGGGGAUUCGACCCCGCAGACUUUACCAGCCAUAUAAACCGCAAGAGUUUAUUGUAGAUUAUUACGAAAGCGUCCCUGUCCAGUGGCUCCAGUGGCUCAGAUACACGCGGCUAAGACCACCGUCGCUGGAGGAGCUGGUGGAGGACAAAAUGAGAAUAGAGAGAAUUCAGCAACUCGCCCAGCUCAAAGACCAACAACUACAAUAUAAAGAGCUGCAGAAGGACGAGGCCAUAGGAAGAAGCAUGGAGAAGGCAUUGAGAAACAUCAAAAAGUAA